UUCCCCUCCCCGUUGCGGGAGGUACCAUAGAGUCGCCGGCGCCCUUCCGUCGUGCUGGCGGCCAUGGAGGAGGAGGACUACGAGGCGGUGCUGUGCGUGAAGCCGGCCGUGCACGUCUACCGGGUGCCGCCGAGAGCGUCCAACCGCGGCUACAGAGCUGCGGAGUGGCAGCUUGACCAGCCAGCAUGGAGUGGCAGGCUGCGCAUCACCGCCAAGGGCAAGACUGCCUUCAUCAAGCUGGAGGACAAGACCUCAGGAGAGCUUUUUGCCCAGGCCCCCGUGGAGCAGUUCCCUGGUAUUGCUGUGGAGAGUGUGACAGACUCCAGCAGAUAUUUCGUCCUUCGGAUCGAGGAUGGCAAUGGCCGCCGUGCUUUCAUUGGAGUUGGAUUUGUCGAUCGAGGGGAUGCUUUUGACUUCAACGUCGCUCUCCAGGACCAUUUUAAGUGGGUGAAGCAACAGAACGAGCUGGCCAAGCAGGCUGAGAACCCUGACCAAGCACCCAAACUGGACCUGGGCUUCAAGGAGGGGCAAACCAUCAAGCUUAACAUUGCGAAUAUGAAGAAGAAGGAAGGAGCAGCAGGGAACCCCAGACCACGUCCUGCAGGCCCUGGGGGCCUGAGUUUACUCCCACCACCUCCAGGAGGAAAAUCUUCCAUGCCAACUCUUCCUUCUGGAGAGCAGCUGCCAUCUUCACACCCCACACCCACCCAGCUCCCCGGAACCCCCAUCACAGACUCCCUGCUGUCCUGGCCACAACCCGCUGCUGCUCCUUCUGCCCCUGCCACCGACGUCUGGGGUGACUUCUCCAAAGCUUCAGGGUCAGAUUCGAACCAGACGCAGGCAAAUGCAGGCUGGGUGCAGUUCUGAACCAGCUCCUUGCAGGCACUGGAGGAUGAUCGUGCUGAUUUCUGCAGGACCAAAGCAGCAGUGGGAAGUGCUCCUGCUGCUUAAGGACACCUCACUUGUCGCUUAUGGUGCCAUCACACUCCCUUGGUCCCCUCUGACAAGAAACAAGACCCCAAAAUCUGGUGCUGGAGUUAAAAAGCAGAAAUAGGUGCUGGUUGACAAAUGAACACGUGCCUUACAAAACUCCAUGCCAGAACCCUCAGAGCUGAGGGCCUUUUCUGGGUAUUUUCUGCCUGGAUCACUGCAAGCCAUUGGGGCUUCAGUGACCUUUCCUGUGCCUUCCUUCCUUCCUUCCUUACUGCACUAACAGGGCUGCAAAACUGUGGCAGCUUCAUGGCACCCUGUGUCUCCUCAGGGUGCUGAUAGAGGAUUCAGCUGGCAGCGCUUUUGCUGCCCGAUAUGGGCAUUUUUUCCUCUCAAUUCUGAUGCAAUAGAGGUGGGCUGAGGUUUGCAGCUGCAUCACCACCUCCACUUUUCUCCUCCGUGCAUUUGGGCUACUGAAAUCAUUCAGUCUGGCAAACAGUGGGGAGCAUCUUGGAGCCUUGUUGUGUGCAAGGCCUUGCUUUGUCUGCUGCUCACAGCACCACGCAGGCAAUAUCCAGCCCAGAUGCUGAGCAUCACCCCUGCUAUUUCCUUGCACUCCCUGCGGGGAUGGGGAGCACGACCUCUGUGUGCUGGUAAAUAUGAGCACAGUGAAGAUCCUAUUUCCCUGCUCUGAUAAGGUUGUUCUAUAUGGGGUGGGGGUUUUUUUCCCCUCUAUUUUGAAGAGAUUUUUUAUUCUUCAUGCAGAGACUUUAUUAUUGGACUCUAUGCAAUGAAAAACAGACUUGGUCUCUUCAACAGAGCUGGGCUUUAGAUUCCUCUUUAAAAGAAACUCCCAAGUCUUUUCUUACCUAUUUAUAUUACGGUGAAGGCCUUUCACAGGACAGAGUUCUGCUAUUUGUUUCAGUGUUUAUGAUGAUUUCCAUUCCCAACCAGACUGGUGAGCAUUUCCAUUUCAGAGCUGACCUUACAGCACACAGGGUGAGAGAUGUCACACAUCCAAGUGAACAAUAAAACCAGUUUGAUGCCA